AUGUUGCGGUCAACGCAGAGGGUAACGCUCGUGCAGAGAAUGAUGGCAUCAACGACGGCUCCCCUCAUCAAGAAGAUCAACCGAGUUUUAAUCGCCAAUCGAGGUGAAAUUGCUAUUCGGGUGAUGAAGACUGCCAGAAAGAUGGGCAUCGAAUCAGUGGCUGUUUUCUCGGACGUAGACAGGAAUGCGCUGUUUGUCAAGAAGGCAGAUCAGGCCUACCACAUUGGGCCAGCUGCAGCUGCUCAGAGUUACCUGAAUAUUGACAAAAUUAUCGAUACUGCACUCAAGGCCGGUGCUCAGGGUGUUCAUCCUGGAUACGGGUUCUUAUCGGAGAACGCGAAAUUUGCAGAAAGAUGCGCCGAGGCCGGUCUCGUGUUCAUUGGACCACCCGUACAGGCCAUAAGGGACAUGGGUACUAAAAGUCUCGCAAAGCAGAUCAUGCAAGAUGCCAAGGUACCAGUUGUCGAGGGUUUCCAUGGAGCAGAUCAAUCAGAUGGCAACCUCAAGGCCCAUGCCGAGAAGAUUGGGUAUCCUGUCAUGCUUAAAGCUGUCUACGGAGGAGGCGGUAAAGGUAUGAGAAUAGCUUGGUCCGAGGAAGAAUUUGAUGAGAAGCUCGCCUCCGCAAGAAGUGAAGCCAUGAAGUCUUUUGGUAACGAUGAAAUGCUCGUGGAAAAAUUUGUUGAAAGACCACGUCAUGUGGAGGUGCAGGUCUUCGGAGAUCACCACGACAACUAUGUUUACUUGUGGGAACGUGACUGUUCAGUGCAAAGAAGACAUCAAAAAAUCAUAGAAGAGGCCCCCAGCCCCGCUCAUAAGUGGGCCAUGAAACCCGACUUCGGCUUGGAGAAUCCGCUGUUCGAGCAGCAGCAGCUGUCGGCUAUGUGGGAGCGCACGAGCUGGGAAUAUAUACUUCUCGAUCCAAGCAAGGCCAAUUUUUACUUCACUCGGCAAAUGAACACUCGUCUCCAAGUGUGGAACAUCCCCGGCACCGAUUUGGUUGAGUGGCAGCUGAAGGUAGGCGCAAGGGGAAAAGCUUCCAUUGAGACAGGACCAGAUUCCGCUAAAAGAGUUUAUGCAGAGGACACGAAAGGAGGCAGCUUUAUGCCUACUGCGGGAAAACUAGACUACGUUUCAUUCCCAAGCGAUGCUCGUAUAGAUACUGGUGUGGUGUCUGGUGACGAGGUUUCUGUUCACUACGAUCCUAUGAUUGCCAAGGUGGUUGUAUGGGGCGAAGAUCGAGCUACAGCUGCAGCUAGGCUUGACAGCGCUUUGUCUCAAACACGAAUCUGCGGAUUACCUACAAACAUUAAAUUCGUCCAAACUGUGCUCAGACAUCCUGAAUUCAUAAAGGGCAAUGUAUACACAGACUUCAUCCCUGACCACCAGAAGGAGCUGUUUUCGGAAGUGAAGCAGUCCGAUGCGGAUCUCGUUGAAGGCGCCGUUGGAUUGGCACUGCUCAGCCGACCACUCAACCCACGUGGUCCGUUUGAGCAUAUUGCGUUUUUCCGUGUGAAUCAUCCAGCUCAGCAAAUGUAUAAACUAGGUGAAAAGGAGGUUACGGUGACUUUCCUGAGUGAGGCGGAGUUGGAGAUUUCUUUUGGCGGGCAGAAUAAGCGAGUGAGCCUGAACGAUGUUGUUACGGACGAAGACGGCUCGCGAUACACUGUUGAAAUGGAUGGACGUCGUUGGAAAGCGGAGGCUAUAAGGCUUCCAAACUCUGCUCUGGUUUGCGGUUCUGGACAAGCAGAGUAUGACAUGUCAUUGGCAAGUUUUGACGAGGAGAGUAGUACGGUAGGUGCAGGAGAUAUCCAGUCGUCUCAUGCGCCAAUGCCUGGAAUUAUUGAGAAGGUUCUUGUAAAGGAAGGGGAUGAGGUUCAACACGGUCAGCCUCUUGUAGUGAUGACUGCGAUGAAGAUGGAAUACACUAUAAGGGCUCCUGCUCACUGUAAAGUCGCCGCUGUAUCGUGCGCACCUGGUAAAAAUGUGCCCAAAGGGAAAGUACUUGUGAAAUUUGCGUCACUGGAACAGACAGAGGCUCAAGCGGUUGCUCAGCAUGCUUGA